UGUUCCUCUUUGUGAUCUUUCCUAACAACUUGCACAGUACUAAGAAUCUCACAUGUAAUACGAAGUGAUGAAGUCAUGUAAAGCUAGCUGUACUAAUCAGCGUUGUCGAUCUUAACAGCUCACACAGCAUUACAAACUUAGUUUCACAAAUUAAAGGCCCGGUCAUGUCCUUCGCAUGUACAACAGAAUGGUGAGUCAUGUUAUGCUUUACCGACCGAUCUGAUUUAUCACAUAUAGCAUGCAUGCAGCUUGGUUGAGAUAAUUUGGGGACCAAUUCUUGACGUAUAAAGUGAUGAAUCAGUGGAGCCAUACAAUCCAAUUUAUCAGGACAUACACAACAAUGCAAAGUUAGCUUCACAAGAGUAUGAUAUCCAGAUCAAUCCUUGACAUGUAAAGUGAAUUUAUGACGCAUCCCUAUGUGUUGUGAAGUGAUUCUGAUGAUUAUACGUCCAAGUAGAUUUGUAUUUCCACGUAAUGCAAUGAAACAUUCCAAAUUAUCUGUUUGAGAAGGAUCCAACAAGCACCCCAUGCAUGUACACAGUUAGUUAGCAAAGCAAAAUGCAAAAGCACAAGCAACCUACCAUCGAUCACAGCUAUAAUAUAAUAUAAAUAGCUACCAAAUAUGCAGUCAUUUACCAUCAGAUCGUUCGAUCCUUGAUUUCAUAUAAAGUUGAUACAAAAUCAAAGCCAGAUCGACAGCAUGAAGAUGGUCAUCAUCUUGAUGGUGGCGCUCGUGGCUCUCAAUGGCGCCUCGGCGCAACAGAUCAGCUGGGAGGAGCCGCAGCAGAGCUUCUAUGGCGGCGUCGGCCUGAACCCCUGCGCCGAGUACCUUCGGCAGCAGUGCAGCCCGGUGGCGGCGCCGUACUUCAUCCGGCGGUGGCAGAUGUGGCAGCCGAGCAUCUGCCAGCUGCUGCGGCAGCAGUGCUGCAUGCAGCUGAGGCAGAUGGAGCCGCAGGCCCGGUGCCAGGCCAUGUGCGCCGUGGUUCAGUUCGUCGUGCAGCAGCAGCAGCAGCAGCAGCAGCAAGGAGCCCUCUACGAGCCUCAGCUGCCGGCUGCUCAGUCCCCGAUCGCGGUGGCGCAGAUGGCGCAGAACCUGCCGGCCAUGUGUGGCCUCUACCAGCUGCCCAGCUACUGCACCACCCCCUGUGCCAUUUCUGCCAUUUCUGCCAUUGGUGGCCACUACUAAACUUCUACUACUACUACUUAGCUUGUAACAAGACGUUGCACAUCAUCAUGUGUGACGUGACCAAUGCAAUAAUAUAUUUAUGAAUAAUGAAUCAGUAGUAGUAUACUCC